GAUGGUAGUGACGUCAGUUGCAGGAGAGCGCGCAUGGCUGCACUACAAGCCGUGGUGGUGGCGGUGGCGCUGACUGGGGUGGCCGCGUACUACGACCAGAGCUCCCCUACUCUGCAGCAGGUAGCGAGUGUCCCGGCGCCUGACCCGGAGACCGCCUCUUAUCUUCUACCACGCCUCGCUCACAAGUAUCGUCCCCCCACGGGUGACUGGCUUGACGUCUCAGACCCUAGGCUAUAUCUGCUCACUGAGAACGAGAACGAUGAGGCACAGCAGGAAGGCGCUCGACGACUGAAGCGGACGGGAUUGGGCGGAGGCCCGUCACUGUCCAUAGUCAACCCUCUGGAUGUCCUGCGGCAGAGACUCCUGCUGGAGAUAGCUCGGCGUCGCAUGCGACAGUCUGAGGAGAAGAUCCAGGCCAACCGUGAGUGGCUCAAGUCCAUUGGCAAACGAUCAAUCAGUCAGGAGGAUGCUGUCAACAAGCUGAGUGAUGAAGUGUCCAGCGCACAGAAAGUGUCCGCGCCUCGCUGGACGAGCGCCUCGUAGACACAUUCUACCCGUCAGUAUCUUCUUCUUCUUCCUUGUCCUCAAUUGUAUAUGGUUAAUAUACUUAAUUCUGUUGUCCUGUUAACUGUCUCUUGUUUGCUUAGUAGUACGAUGGCUAAAUAUUAAUAAACAGGAUCAGAGAUUGGUUGUUGAUCUUUUUCAAUAAUUAAAUUUACUUUCCCAAUAAAACCUGUUGUGCAAUGCAAGUAGAGGUUAUUGUUUUGAUUUUAUCCUCUUUUUAAUUAAUUAAACAAUCUUUAACUUAUGAGUUAACUAGUACAUCUUCAUGGAUCGUACUUACAAAUUGAACCUAUUGAAAAUAAUUUAAUAAAUUGUAAUAACAUGUUUAUGAUUUAGUCUAACGUGUUGUUUGCCUUUAAAGAGCGCCGUUAGAUUAAGAAAACAAACAAAAAACUAAGUAUGAUCGAAAGAUUGUACGUUGAAUAUGUGGCAAAUAUAAAUGGAACAAAAUCAUUCCAUUAAUAGUGUGGUACUGCUUCAAUUCCAUAUAAAGUGUAUCACGAUUAUUUAAGCAAUAUUUGCAUCAUAAUUAAAACUUACUCGUUUAAAAUGCUUGCCACUAAGACUGAUAAUUCGUAUAUAUAAUAGGUUACAUAACUUGCCCUUCUUCAGUAUAAUGGGUAAUUUCACCCGAAACUAGUAUCCUAGGAAUACUAAUUAAGACUGAAAAAAGACAAGAUACGUAACCUAUUCAAACACAUUUUGCUUGCGGGCCACAAUCGUACUUCAUCAAAAAUGUACCGUACUUUACAUAAUUCUUGGAAGUCAUCCUAAACCCAAAGAAAUAUAACUACUAUUUUGUCAAAAAACAUCUUUUUUGCAUUGGAAUUUUUAAAAACACUUCCAAUUUUCCAAUUGCAUGUCUUCUUUUCCUCCCUGCUUUUUAACCCCAGUCCUACCUAAACAAAGAACCAAUCUAGAUAAAGGAUUGAAUCAGAGCCUCUUUGACUUCUCUGAACUAAUUUAAAGUUUUGCAGUUAUAAUGGGUGUUGUCGUGGUCUUAACACGGCGAUAUUAGGUUCAUUGUAAUUUCAAAGCAGUUAUUGUUAGCUCACAGUAGAAAUCUCUAUGCUAUUAGUACAUAAUGUCAAGAAAAUCACAGGAAAAUGUCAAUCGUUUAAUUUAGUUAUUGGUAUUUUAAAUGUUUUAAACUUUUCUUCCCACUUUUUCUACUUACAAUAAGUGAAAUAAUUAUUUUCAGGAUAUAGAUUUUGCUAUGCAAUUAUAAAGAAAACUUAAAUUUGUUGUUAUGUUAUUAAUUUUAAAAACACUAUUUUAAAGUUUUAAAUAUUUUAAAUAUUAAAGUAAGGGUUUUUAUUUAUUUUGUCAGGUAUAUUUCUAAAAUACAUUUAGGAUAACCGUUACGAACAGCGUUAACAUUAGUUAAUGUAAAAGUAAUGUUCGGUUGUACGUUGUUAGACACUUAUUUUCAAUAAUUACAAGUAUUUUUUCAUUUCAAAAAUACGGUAUCUAAUUCAUGCAAUUCAUUAUUGCAUUUUCAAAUUGUAUUUAGAAUAUGAUUAGAAAUAAAACUUACAACGAAAUCUUAAAAAAAAAACAAUUGUUUUUCUUUGUUUGAGUUGGUUAAAUCUAUGUUUACAUAUUUCCUAAAACUUUCUUAUAGGUAUUUUUCUGUUUGCAGGAGCAGACCAUCCCCCAGCAUUUGAUACCUUUCUUUGUAUCUGUAAAUUAGCAUCUAUUGUAAGUAGUGUUAAUGUACAUUUAUUGAGCAAAUUAUUUGUAUUCAUAGAGUAAGAUUUAAACGAACGCUUCUUAUCCAGUCCCGACUCUGGGUAUUUUACAUAGUUGUGCUAAAAGAUAUACUAUAAAUAUAUUUAUUUUAUAGGUUCCUUUAUCAAUGGACAUAUAAUGAUAUUUUUAUGUAUUGCGUAUUUUAGUUUAUGUGAUAUUGUAAAAAGAUUGUACCUGGAGAAAUAAAAAUGUUU